AUGAUCAAAAUCAAAACGGGAAACUUGCUUUCAUUGUCUGAGCAACAAUUGGUAGACUGCGCCACCGUCACCAACAAUGGUUGCGGCGGAUACGACAAGGACAAAGCAUUUGAAUAUAUAGCAAACCAAGGUCUUCGCAGCGAAGCAGAUUACCCAUACAUGGCCACAGAUGGGAUGUGUGACUCACAAAAUGUGAAACCUGUGGCCAGGAUCAGUGGUUACUCCGAUAUAACUCCAAACAAUGAGCAAGAAAUGCUGAGGGUAGUGGCUACCCAACCUAUCUCAGUAUCAAUUGAAGCUAGUGGACAAGCAUUUCAGUUUUACAAACAGGGUGUUUUCAAUGGUGAAUGUGGGUAUACUCUUAACCAUGCAGUUAAUAUAAUUGGGUAUGGUCAGGACACAAAUGGAAAUAAAUAUUGGUUGGUAAGGAACUCAUGGGGAACAACUUGGGGUGAGAAUGGUUACAUGAGGAUUUUAAGAGAGGGUGGUUACCCUCAGGGCCUUUGUGGCAUUGCCAUGCGUCCUUCUUAUCCAAUUUAUUAA